CGGCGCCAGCGCUGGUGCUUAGUGCGAGUUGGAUGCCCUCGCCGCAGCUGCUGUCGAAGCGCGUGUCGCAGAUUGUGGGCGUCAUGCAGCGACUGCUGAAGAACCCCAAAGCCCUGGCAAGGGCUGCGAAACGUCUGGCAACGCAUCCCGGAGCGGCGGACCUCCCCACCAGGCCCGCACAUGCAGCCGCCGCUCGGUCCCGAGGGACGGCGACUGCGGCUCCCAAGGCAGGAGCAGCCGCAGCGGGGGCGGCAGGGCUCAACAUUAGCGCUGCGGCUGCAGCCAUCGCGGCCGCAGCGGCUGCGGAGGCGGAGGCUAUCCUGGCCGCGAAGCGGGGUGGGACCAGCACUGAAGAGGCGGGUGAGGGCGGUGGCGGCGAGGCGGAGGGAGACGAAGAGGAGGGCGGGGAGGAGGAGGACGCUGACGGGCAUGAGGAUGGGGAUGGAGAUGACGAGGACGGUGAGGAGGGUGAAGGCGAGGAGGAGGAAGAGGAGGAGGAGCCGGAGCCGCCCAAACCCGACCUCACCCGGUGUCGUGUGCGGGUUGUGAAGGCGCUACCGCCGCUGCCGCCAGCGCUACCCAUGCAUGCGCCACCACGCUACGCGGGUAGAGGCCGUGGACGUGGCAGGCCGCCCAGGACCAUCGCCACCUCUUCUGUUGACGCUGCGACGACGUCCGAUGCCAGCGGGGCUGAUGCCGGCGGCGCCGGCAGCACCGCCGCUGCCGCCGGCCCAGGUGGUGACGGCGGCGGAGGGUCGCAGUUAACUCCCGAGCAGCUGGCGGAUCUCGCCAUGCAGAUGGCCCUAGAGGCCCUGCAGCGGAAAGGAGGUGGCGGCGGCAAGGGCAAGCCGCCCAAAGCUGCCGCCAGCGGUGUUGCUACGGAGCCUGGUCCAACCUCGGCGCACAAGCGCAGGAAACCGGAGGGCGCGGAGGCAGCGGCUGAAGCUGACGGGGUGUCGGAGGGACUGGGGGCGUCGGUUCCCGAGCCCACGCCUACCUUCACUGCCGCCGAGGGCGAGGCGGAGGCAGCAGCGGCGGAGGUGGCGUCGCCGGCGCGGGUUGACGCCGGCGGGGGUCAGGUGCAGAAGCGGCGUCGGGUGGAGCCGCAGCAUGCGCCGCCGCUGCCGGACGGGCAGCUGGACCUUGCGACGCUGCAGCUGCCGGCGACUGUGUCCCGGGGUCGCGGUCACACGCUGACGCUGGUAGCGCUGGGUCAGGUGGAGUGGCAGCGGCCGGGGUACCAUGCAACGGAUGCGAUCUUCCCCAUUGGCUACCGUGUGACCCGGGAGUACCCCAGCAUGACCGACCCCGAGGCAAGCACGCUGUACACGCUGGAGAUCCGCGACGGGGGGCCCACACCGCUGUUCGCGAUCAGCGCGGAGGACCAACCUGGUCUGGAGCUCAGUGCCAAGACCGCUGCACAGGCCUGGAACCAAGUUCUGGAGCGUGUACGACAGGUCCGCGGCCAGCCCAAGAUGUCCUCCAAGAGCGGCAAGGAGAUGUACGGCCUGUCGCACCCGCGCGUGCUGGCGGCGCUGCUGCUGCUGCCCGACGUCAACCGGUUGCAGCGGCUGCACCGGCCGCUGCUGGCGACCCGCGCGGGGCUCAUCCAGUCUCCGGAGGAGCUGGCGGCAGCCAUGGCAGCCAUGGAGGCGGAGCGGCAGCAGCAGCAGCAGCUGGAGCAGGCGGCUCAGCAGCAGCACCAGCAACACCAUGCUGCAUACCGUGUUAAGGAGGAGGGGGAUGAGGAGGACGAGGAUGAGGAUUUGGAAGGGGAGGAGGAGGAGGAGGAGCAGUGGCGGCAGCCUUCAAGGAUGCACCCUUGGGCCAGGCGGCGGGCGAAGCAGGAGCUGGAGGAUGGGGAUUGGAACGAGGAUGAUGACGAGGAUGAGAAUUGCUGUCGUCAGAGGCGUAGGGGCGGUGGCGGCCGCGGCCGGGGCAGGGGCAGGGGCGCCGGUGGCAGGAGGGGAAUGCAGGAGCAGAGGCGGGUGAAGGAGGAAGCUGCGGCGAUUGCAGCUUCGGUCUGGGGUGCACCUGCUGCUGCUGCUGCUGCUGCUGCUGCACCCGCCGCCGCUUCAUCCGGCGCCAGGGCAGUAUCGGCUAUCUCGGGCGGAGCGAGCAGCCAGGAAGCGGCGGUGGCGGCACCGCUGGAGGCUGCUCGUGUGACAUCCGCGAGCCAGGAGGCGGGUGACACCAUUUCAGGUGCGGAGCGAGGAAGGGGCAGCAGCGGGGUGUCACGCCUGGCUGGUGCUGCUGGUAGCGGAGAUGGUAUGGUUGCAGAGCCGG